AUGUUGUUGAAUUUUGGCCUUCCAAAUGCCUGGCUUGUUGUGGCACUGCCGAUCAUCAUUCUCUUAGGUUGGAUCAUUUACACAGUUACAUUACAUCCUCUGAGUAGGGUCCCGGGACCCUUUCUGGCCAGGAUCUCGCGCCUCUGGUAUCUGCGCAAGAUUUGGACGGAAGACGUUGAGAAGUGUGAGAGGGCUCUGCAUGCUAAACACGGGCCCUUGAUACGUAUUGCACCGAAUGAGGUGUCGUGUUCUGAUCCCGAAGCCUUCGCAAGCAUUUACCGUUUUUCCAACGCGUUGGACAAGUCGGGUUUCUACGAGCCGUACAACACGACCGGAUUCAGCGUUCAUGGUGACAUAUUCUCCUGCAAGGAUGACAAAAAACACGGGCGGAGACGUAGAAUCGUCAGCAGUAUCUACUCGAUGACGAAUGUUGCAAAGUCUGAAGAAUAUGUCGACUCGUGUAGCAAUCUCCUCGUGGAUCGGCUAGGACAGUUUGCUAAGUCAGGAAAACCUUGUGAUCUCGGUGAAUGGUUGCAUUGGUAUACUUUUGACAUUAUUGGCGAAUUGUUCUAUGGCAGAGCCUUCGGCUUUCUAGAUGAAGGAAAGGACCAGAACGAUUGGAUCAAGUCGCUAGACAAGAUGAUACCAUUCGUGUGCUUGAUGGGCGUUGCACCUCCAAUCUUAAGGCCGCUGAUUGGUAUGGGUACCAUGCUUACAGCUGCUGGCCAGGAUAUCAGGAAUGGCGUAAAAAACAUAGGCUCCUCUUCCGCACGCUUGAUGAAAGAAGCUUACGCAACCCGUCAUGAAGUGAAUAGAACGGACAUGGCCCAACAGGUUUUCGACAUCUAUGAAAAGAAUGGCGAAAAGAUGGACUUCACGUGGGGCGACGUCGAACAGGAAUCUUACGGCGCACUCUUUGCAGGCAGCGAUACAACUGCUAUCGCAUUCCGAUCGCUCUUCUAUCAUUUGAUGCAUAGCCCAAACGUCUAUGCUCGUCUCGAGAAAGAGAUUGACGAGGCUUUCCAAGAAGGUCGUAUGGAUCUGCCGCCGACCUAUAAGCAGGCAAGCCAGCUUCCUUAUCUGUGUGCAUGUAUCAAGGAGGCGCUCAGGAUUCAUCCCGGAGCACAGCUCUCCCUACCACGAACCGUUCCACGCGGGGGCAUGGAGCUCUGCGGACAAUUCAUACCCGGAGGCUAUACUGUUGGAAUCAACGCAGCAGUCAUGCAUUUUGAUCGGCGAGUCUUCGGUCAAGAUGCUGAUAUCUUCAAUCCUGACCGCUGGAUGGAUCCAGUGCGCGCGAACCAGAUGGACAAGUACAUGAUGUCAUUCGGAGGUGGAACGAGAACCUGUAUAGGGAAGAAUAUCGCACUGAUCGAAUUGCAUAAGUUGUCGCCGCAAUUGGUAUGGAACUAUCACUUCGAGUUCUACGAUGCGGGACAGACGCAAUGGCAUACAAGAAACACCUUCUUUGCCAGACAGGAGGGUAUGAUUGUACGGGUAAAAGUUCGCAAGCAUGAUUAA